UGGGAUAACGUGGAAGUGUACGAGAGCGUGGCGUGGUAAUGGUAGCAGCGUCGGCUAGCUAGCAUGCUAACAGCUAACAACAAUGAGCCAUAUUUGGCGCUCUAGCGGGCAAAAGUUAAAAUUUAAAGGGAAGGACGGGUUCAUCGCAACUUUUCGUGUUUUAUUCAAAAUAUGACAACACAGACGAAUGGCACCAAAUUGAUAGUUGUGUUUUUUAAAAUACGCUUGUUUCACAUAAUUCUUCGAAUAGCCCGGUAGCUUUUUGUUUCUUGACUUCAGAAAGCGCUCCUGCCCGCUUUUUGUUUCGAGUAUUGGCUGCAAACAAGUCUAUGGUUGAACAGUGCCUCGCUUCAGAUAGAUUUAUUGUGUUUGUGCUUACGAAUUCACAAAGUUUCCAUGGUAUUAACAGGCAUUCAGAAAAGUAACAUUGGCGUCAGUGAACGAUGGUAAAACGCUGUGUUGUGGGUGUAACGUAUCUGUGUGAUUGACCUACGUUCACCCGUGCGAAGUGUCUGAAAGUUUGAGAGCCUCACUCGGUCGUUUUUUUACGUCAAAACUAGCUUUGAACAUCCUAUAGGUUUGAAUAAUGUGCUUCUUUUCCAAAUCAACCUAUAACAUCAGGUUAUAACGUCAGCGUGGAGUCUGUUUUUUGAUGUUUUGGUGUUCCCGCGACUUGACUUUUAAAUACAGAGCAUAACGUAACUCGGGUUUUGGCAUUUUAAACAGAUUUUUUUUUGCCACAGCACUGACCAACAAAUAGACUAUGUUUGGCUUUCAUAAGUCAAAGAUCUACCGGAGUAACGACGGCUGUUGCAUCUGCAAGACCAAGUCCUCCAGUUCACGUUUCACAGACAGCAGCCGAUAUGAGGAGACGUUCAGGCUCUGUUUUGGGCUGUCAGAGGAUCGUGUUGGAGACAUUUGCAAUGCCUGUGUGUUACUGGUGAAGAGGUGGAAGAAGCUACCUAAUGGCUCCAAGAAGAACUGGAACCAUGUGGUGGAUGCCAGAGCUGGACCAGGCUUCAAGGUGACAAAACCCAAGAAGAUGAAAAACAGUGAUGGGAAGAAGAAAAGCAAGCUUAAGAAGCUCCACAAGUUAAAGAGACAAACAGAUUCCGAUGCCCACAGUACAACCUCCAGUGUGUCUCCUGCACAGUCACCCAGUUACAGCAACCAGUCAGACGAUGGCUCAGACAUCGAGUCCAAACAAAGACGCACGACUCCCUCCAUCUUCUCCUUCUUGGAUCGUUUGUACUGGAAAAGGCAAAAGGUGUGCUGUGGGAUUGUCUAUAAGGGCCGGUUUGGAGAGGUGAUCAUUGAUCCCCGACUUUUCAAGCCCUGCUGCAGUUCCAAAAAACAGAAGACGCUGGCGUCCACGCAAGUGGCCGCACACCUUCCAGACACACUUCCACCACAACUUCCAGAAGAUGUGAAAGAAAGCUGGUGAUUGCUUUUAUUGAAUCCCCCUGUAGGGUUAUCCAAGGCAUCCCCGCCUGGAUUUGUCUCCAGUGGCAGACCUCCCCAAUUCCACUCCACCUAUUUCUGUUAGUUAGAUGUUUCCUUUCUUUUGUAAUAUUACUUUUUAUAUGGGUAUUUUUUAAAAUUUUGUAUAGAGUUGAUUUUCCUUUUUUAUAGAAAGAAAAAAAGAAAAAAAAAACUUAAGGGCAUUAGUGUUAUUUAUAGUAUGAGGCAGAAAAUUUUGUUAAGGCUCCGUUUCUGAUUCUGAAUUAUUUUUGUUUAUUUUGUAUUGAUCAGCGUUUGUGAGAAUAUUGUCACUUUUUCGUACAUAUCAAGACUGUUCUAUUUUUUCAUAAUUUUUCCAAGUGUGCAUAUGAAAGACACCAGCUAUUCUAAUAACAGCUUCUUCUUUUUUUUUUUUUUUUUUUGUGCGUGCGUGGGCGUAUGUCUGUGUGUGUGAGAGACUCUUCAACAUGUUGCUGCAAUGUUUUGUCUUAUCUGUCCAAAAGUAUGAGUCUGUAGGGUCUUUUAGUGCACAAAUUGGUUACACCAGGGACCAUUAGUACAACUGUUCUCAAUGAACUUAAUGAGCUUUUAAUGUGUGUGUAAUCUCUGACAUAUUCACAGCUUAAGCAUGCCAGAAGUUUAGAACACUCCAUGCAUGCAGUACAUUCCUCUGCUCUCUGGAAUGACAAAAGUGAUUUAUUUAUUUCUUUUGUACAGCCUCCAAUGAAAUGACAAUGCAUGUUGUAAAGCAAAUGGUUUUUAAUAUGACUUUUGUAAAUACAGUGUUUUGGCUCUUGGUACAUCCAAACCUUUUUUAAAAGUACAGAAUGGCAAACCACUACUUCUGUAAAAAUUAGAAAUUUGAGUGUCUGAACGGUGCUGAAACGUGUACUUUUACGCUAAGCCAAUUAAGUUUUAGCACAUUAUGACAUCUAAUUUUCUCAAAGGCAUUUCUCUACAGGCAUGCAAAGCUGUAGCCUAUGCUAUGUUCGGAAAUAUGUGUAAACUGCAGGGAAAGCUAUAUGCUUAAUUGCUACAAUAUUCCUUAGGUUUGAUUGCUAAUGGCUUGCGAUGGUCAGAAGCUGAACACACAGGAAUCAUGUGACAUGUUUAAUGGUUAUGCUACAUUUUUGGCAAAAAAGUGCUGUUAGAGAAAAUGUGAUUGUGAUUGUCAUUGUUGUGUUUUAUCUUCAGAAGCAAUUGUCAAAGUUCAAACUAUGCAGACGUUUUGAAUGUGAGAAGUGCUCUGGGGGGUUUCUGUCACUUUCACUAAUAAAGUGCAAAGUAAUGGAUCCUUAUUCAACCAAAUUGGCUUGUAAAAAGCAUCUGAUAUUUCAGCAAUAAUUUUACACUUUCCUACUCACAAUUCACAAUUGUCUCAAGAUAUUUCUUAUGUCAUGUUAACAUAAUGCUCAGUUUGCACAGUUUUAGCCAUGGUGCAUACUGUCUCAAAUUAUUACUGCAGUGACAACGGUUAUUUUUUCUUUUU